AUGGCGAGACGGAAGCUCGUCCUCUUUGCGCAGGCCUGCUCCGUCGGCUUGCUGCUAUUCAGCCUGUUGGUCGCAUAUGAUCUCUUUUCCGGUCGCGAGUACUUCGACGUCGCGUACAAACCGUUCCGGAAGCCUCAACCCGCCGAGCAAACGCACGGAGCGUCUCCACACCACGGAGACGAUGGAUCAAAACCCACGGUAGCAUCGCCGGCCCACGUCCCGACGCACACGCCGGCGCCCACGGAAACGCCGAUACAAGUGCCGACACCAUCGCCGACUGCUGACGCCGUCAGCCCAUCAUUGCCGGACGGCAACCCGGAUCACAUCAAGAGCGCUCCCAAAUACAUCAAUGCCAUCCUCGACCCCGAGGACAAGAACUUUCCCAGGCUAGACUGCCCCCGGCCCAACAUCGACCGCUAUGAGUACCUCAAGCCCGCCUCGAAGCUGAAGAAGCCAAAAUUCUUCCUUGCUCUCAAUAUCCGUCAUAAGGCCGAUCUGCUGCCGCGGCUCAUGGGCUCCAUCGUCGAAGCCCUUCGUUUCUUCGGUCCUGAGAACUGCGUUCUCUCGGUGGUGGAGGGAAACUCCAACGACGGCACGUACGAGAUUCUCAAAGAAAUCACCAGCGAGAUCGAGAAGCUCGGCACCGAGUAUCACUUCGCCCGCAGCGACCUCGAUCCGGGCGCAGGCGACCGCAUUAGAAAGCUUGCGGAGCUGCGAAACAUGGCCAUCGCGCCGCUGGUAAACAACCCGCUCAAAUACGCCUCGGACACGACGGUUCUCUUCCUCAACGACGUCUCCAUCUGUCUCGAGGACAUCCUCGAGCUCGCCCACCAGCGGCUCUAUCUCGGCGCCGACAUGACCUGCGGUUUUGACUGGACGUACGUGGGCGCAGACCCGACCUUCUACGACGUCUGGAUCAGCCGCACCAUUGCCGGCGAUUCCUUCUUUGAGAUCCCGCCCGAUGGCAACUGGAACUCGGCCUGGAACAUCUUUUGGAACGAGGCGACGUCGAAGCGACGGUUCUUUGACCACAAGCCCAUCCAAGUCUUUUCCUGCUGGAACGGCGCAGUGGCCAUGACGGCGCGGCCCCUGCUGGACCAGCUCAUCAGGUUCCGGGCGCCAGGCCAGGGGGAGUGCUUCCAGGGAGAGCCCCAGCUGUUUUGCAAGGACAUGUGGAAUAUCGGGUUCGGGAAGAUUGCGGUCGUCCCAAGCGUCAACUUGGAAUACAGUGACGACGCAGGCAGGAAGAUCAAGGCGGCCAAGGGCUACACCAGCCAGUGGGUUGGGGACGAAGACAAGAAGGAAGAUUUCAAGCUGGAUUGGAAAGCUGAUCCUCCCGAGAAGGUGAAGUGCAUGGGUAGUUAUGACAAAUAA